UCAUCAAAAUGAAGGUUUAGACCAAAAAAAAAAUUGUGAAAAAAAAUGGAAGAGGUGAAGCUUUUCAGGACAUGGGCAAGUCCUUUUGGUUUGAGGACUGUUUGGGCAUUGAAACUGAAAGGUGUCGAGUACGAGACCAUAUAUGAGGAUCUUGCAAACAAGAGUUCAUUGCUACUCGAAUACAACCCGGUUCACAAGACAAUACCUGUCUUGUUGCACAAUGGUACACCCAUAUGUGAAUCACUUGUAAUUCUUGAGUACAUUGAUGAGACAUGGAACACAACUAAUCGCUUCUUACCCAAGGAUCCGCUUGCUAGAGCCACUAGUCGUUUCUGGGCAAAGUUUAAUGAUGAGCAGGUAUUCCCAUCGUUCAUCCGUUAUUAUAUGAGUCAAGGAAAGGAUCAAGAAGAAGCCAAAGAAAAAGUCUUAGAGAGCCUAAAACUAGUAGAAGGAUAUCUAAACGGAAAGAAAUUCUUUAAUGGAGAAACAUGUGGAUUCCUAGAUAUUGUUUUUGGGUGGAUGGCUCAUUAUCCUGGUGUUAUGAGAAAGGCAACCAAUCUAAGUCUGUUGGAUGAAGAGACAUUUCCAUAUCUAAGCACAUGGAUGAAGCAAUUUCAUGACAUUCCGGUGAUCAAAGAAAACUUGCCUGAUGAAGAGGUACUAAUUCUCAAGUUUCAGGAAAUGCGUGAAGCCCGUGGGAUAUCCAUUUCAACAGAAAAUUGAAAUCUGAAGCCUUGUAGGAAUCUUAAGAUAUGUGGGUGAAGUUAUCAUAAUAAUUCCAAAUUUACAUUUCAUUCUGUACGUGAGUGUUAAAAGCAUAUUUAUAACAGCUUUCUUCCAAAUUGUAUGAGAUACAGAGAAGAGUUGGGAAUGUUUAGGCUCAGUACUUUAAUCCGAAAGCAAUAAUAUUCAUUUCGGCAGUAGAUAAAAGGCUCUCUUACAUGUUAGCAGUUUAUACUGCAACGUUAGAUAGUAUACUGCAACGUUAGAUGCUUUUUGCUUAAUGUUUA